AUGCAGUUUACACUUUAUUUGGUGUUGUUGUUAAACAUUUACAACAGUUUUCGUGUCUGGCGUUGUAUUUUCAUAUUCGGCGAGACUGAAAAGAAAUGCUUCAUAGAAGAAAUACCGGAUGAAACCAUGAUCAUAGGUAACUACCGAACCCAGCUCUAUGACAAGCAGAAAGAAGAGUAUUUGCCUGCAACUCAAGGACUGGGGAUGUUUGUGGAAGUGAAAGAUCCUGAUGAGAAGGUGAUCCUGUCCCGCCAGUAUGGAUCUGAGGGCAGGUUUAUCUUCACCUCACACACACCUGGAGAGCAUCAGAUCUGCUUGCACUCAAAUUCCUCCAAAUUUGCUCUGUUUGCUGGAGGCAUGCUUCGUGUUCACUUGGACAUCCAAGUUGGCGAGCAUGCAAACAACUACGCAGAAAUCGCUGCCAAAGACAAGCUGACGGAGCUGCAGCUGAGAGUGCGACAGCUGAUGGAGCAGGUGGAUCAGAUCCAGAAAGAGCAGAACUAUCAGAGGUAUCGUGAGGAGCGCUUCAGACAGACUAGCGAGAGCACCAAUCAGAGAGUCCUGUGGUGGUCUAUCGUCCAGACGCUGAUCCUGGUGGCCCAUCGGGUUUUGGCAAAUGAGACAUCUGAAGAGCUUCUUUGAGGCCAAGAAAUUAGUAUAGAACUGUAUUUGAAUUUUUUUUGUUGUUUUUUUUAAAGUUGUGCUUGUCAGUUGAUACAGUACACACAACAUUUUGAAGAUGGCCUGCUUCAUGUGUGGUCAAGACUGCUGAAAAGUCAACAUGCUCUCAGUUCAGUUCCCUCCCUAAAUGCCCCGUUUUUAUCCUGCAUUGACAUUUGUUUUAAGCUGCUCGUUUCAGCGCCACACCCCAUGUAAUGUGAACCUAGUUUCUGUUCUGAAACGCAUUACAGUUUGUUACUGUUUGGAGGGGAUAGACACUCAGCAAAAGUAGUUUACUUGAUGCAUAUUAAUGCAUAGUGGUUGCCUUACCAU